UACUUAGAGGACCUUCUUUGCCUGAGAUCAGCACUCAAAGCUUCGGGCGAUUAAGCUUCUUCAGCUUCUGAGUACCCCACACUGUCUCAAGCCUAAUCGGACAUCAACACCGUCAAGAUGGGGAUGGGAGAUUACUCACCCGGCAGCAUUUGGUACUAUGCACCGAACAAAGUCGCCCCGAUUAUCUUCAUCGUCCUAUUCUUCAUCUCAGGAUGUGUCCACGCCUGGCAAACCAUCAAACACAAAUCAUGGCGCACCACCAUCCUUCUCCCGUGGGCGGCGGCACUCAUGAUAGCCGGCUUCACCAUCCGCGAAGUCGGCGCCUACAAUACCUCCAACCUAACCUACCUAAUCGCCAGCACCGUUCUCAUCAUGUCUGGCCCUCCCGUCUACGCUCUCAUCAACUACUUCAUCCUAUCCCGCGUCCUAUACUACAUCCCCUACCUCGCGCCCAUGCACCCCGGCCGUGUAGCAACAACCUUCGUCGGGUUGGACGCCGUCUGCGAGAUCCUCAUCGGGCAGGGUGCGUGGCGCAUGGCGAACUCCGACCUGACCGAAAAGGAGAGGCAAAUCGGGGCACAUCUAGUCACAGCCUCGCUCUGUCUCCAAGCAGCGCUGUUCGGCUCCUUCGGUCUCCUUGCAGCGCAGUUCCACCGCCGGGCGAACAAAGAGAACCUGCUAUCGAAAGACCUGCGCAUCGUGCUCUACGUCCUCUACGUCAGCGCCACCAUCGUAACCAUCCGCUGCAUAUACCGCCUCGUCGAGUACAUCGAAGGCUGGGACAGCACCGUCUACAAGAACGAAGUCUUCUUCUGGAUCUUCGAGGCUGUCAUCAUGUUCCUCAACACCCUGCUGCUGAACUUCUACCACCCCGGCAAACGACUCCCGCGCUCUAACUCCAUCUUUCUGGACCGGGAUGGCGUGACGGAGAGGAGGGGACCUGGGUGGGCGGACGAUAGGCCGUGGAUUGUGACGGUCUUCGAUCCGUUUGACAUUUGGGGUUUGGUGACAGGGCGGGAUAAAAAGACGCAGUUCUGGGACAUGUCGGACGAUGAGCUUGCGCGGCUGAGGGCGGAGGCUAAGGCGAACAAACGGAGCUUCGUUGCCGCUUUUCUGGAUCCAUUCCAUCUUUGGGGAAGAAGGGGGUAUAUUGGGAAGCACCUCACGAAAAAGCCGCUGAGCGGAAAUGAGCGGGCCAUUCCAUCCGUGGCUGAAGUCAAGACAGAGGAGAACACGAAGAGCGGCCAGGAUGUGAAGGACUUGGUGUGAAGGGGACAUCGCCGUUUGUCCACCAACGUUGCUUUCUUCGACCUGCUUCUUCGAUUCCCGUUUCGCUUUCGGCACUUUGCGUCUCUCCCCGGGCCUCUCUAUGGCGCCCCAUUCUAUUGUAUUCGAUACCCCUUUCUUGCUCCCUCUCCAUCUCGCUUGUUUGUCGCUGGCCUAGCUCCGUUUAAUGGAAACUUCGCUUCCUUUCAAUCCCCGCGCGCGAAUCUUCAUG